GAAACUGAUGAGCGCAGCUUUUUUCUUGCCUAUUGACCUUCCCGCCCCUGAAACUCAUCUGGAUUCCAACUCUCUUUUUCCUUCCAUGGAGUCACCACACCAAAAUAAUAAAGCCAAUAACACUGUCAAGAUGCAUUCACAGCCACCAUGCAGCAAGCCCUGUUGUUUCUUCUGCACGAUGAAUGAGCCAGAACCAUCUUUAAGAAGAUCCAAACUCAGCCAAUGCUUCAAAGAGAUGCCUCUCAGAGAUGACCAAGAUCAUGUUUUGGUCUUAAGUGGGCUCUGGAACAUUUCCAUGACUCAACCUGAUGAUGCAGAAUUCCCAUCCCUUGGUAUAUUUGAAUGCAUGGCCAAACUGAUCCAUAGAGGCAUUACUGAUCAGGAUUGGCUUCUUAGAGGUCAGAAUAUCUAUAUCCCCUACUAUGCUGCUCAUAUUAUUGGUUCAUAUACAAUGGACAAAGACCAAUUUGCAGAAAGAGCUGUUAAAUCAGGUGUAGUUUUGCCAUUAAUGGAGCUUUUGAGAGGUAAGAUGGGUUGGGUUGAGCAACGAGUUGCAGUUCGGGCACUGGGUCACUUGGCCAGCCAUGACAAAACCUUCGAAGCUAUUGCUGUGCAUGAAGUGGAAAUCAUAAAACUGGCGAUGAAGAUAGCUAGCAAUUGCCUUGAAGUGAUUUAUGAAGAGUUUAUUGGAAUAAAAGAUACGAAGAGACCGAAAUACUAUUGUGACCUCCUUACAAGAGGACUUGGAGGAUUGGAGUUGCAGUUCAGGAAGGCUGAGGAAUGGGCUAGUCAGCUCCAAUGUUGGUCGCUCUAUCUGUUGAAUUGCUUUGCAUGCAAGGAGAAGUCUCUCAACUUGAUCUGCAAGAAAGAGUUCUUGAAGACUUUGUGUGGAAUGUGGGGUGGAUUAGUGAAUCUAACCUCUCCUGCUGGAAUUGGAUUGCUAAGAACUCUGUGUUCCUCUAAAGCAGGAAGAGAAAAUGUAGCAAAUUUGAAAGAAGUAAUAGAUAGUCUUUGCAAUGUUUCAAGAUCUUCAGAUGACUGGCAAGAAAUGGCUGUUGAUUGUCUUUUAUCGCUUCUCAAAGACCAAGAUACAAGAUAUAAAGUUAUUGAUAUUGCAGCUUUGUCUCUUGUUGAUUUAAUUGAACUCAGAAGCCUUGGAGCAAGAAAAAAAGUGGGAGAAACAAUCACGCAUACAUUGUUGCAAGAUUACCACAAAAUCAAAUAUGGUUUCUUGAAACUGAAGAGCAAGAAAGCUGAGAGAGCAUUAGAAGAAUUAUGGGAAUUGAAGGUGGAGAAUAUAAAGAGAGACAAGCUAAUGUCUGAGCAAGACAUGAAAGAGAGAGAAGUGUUUAUAGGGAAGUUGAAGAAACAAGGCAACAAAAACUUUUGGUCCGGUGAAAUUGAGCAAGCUUGCAAGAUGUACUCGAAGGCCUUGGAUUUGUGUCCAAUAAACACGAGAAAAGAGAGGAUUGUUCUUUACAGCAACAGAGCUCAGUGUUAUCUGCUACUUAAAAACCCAGCAGCCGCCAUUAGUGACACAACCAGAGCUCUAAGCUUAUCAAGUCCUGUGAGCCCUCACAGUAAAAGCUUGUGGAGAAGGUCGCAGGCUUAUGACAUGAAAGGGUUGGCCAAAGAGAGCUUGAUGGACUGCUUAAUGUUCAUCAAUAGUCGCAUAAAAUCUGAGCACACCAAGCGUGUCAGGAUCCCAUACUAUGCUGCAAGGAUGAUCAACAAGCAGAUGAAUGCCACGUGGCUAUUUGCGAAUGCCAAGUCAAAAUUUUGCAGUAAAAACGGGGAAAGAGUAUAUGAAUGCAAUGGAAAAUACCAGCUGCAGGAAAUGCUGCAGAGGUUGAUGGAUGCCAAGGACAAUGGUAUGCCAACUAGUGUAGAAGACCCUCUAGUUGAAAAGAGACGGAGGAGAAAGCAAGAAAAAGCAGGCAGGAGAAGAAAAGGCAUCAGCGUCCCUGCUGGAUGGGCACAUGCCAAAAGUGGGAUGAGAGACAGCCAAGUGCUGUCCAUCACACAGUAAGAGGUGGAAAGAGACAUGAUCAACAAAAACCAACCGUUGACAACCAUAAGCAGAAGCAUGCACGGCAGCCGGUAGGAUAAUCAGAGAGUCAACCCAUAAUAUGCAGCCAGGCUACGGAAAAAGACCUCUGCAUCCAUUGAGCUUGGAGCACUCUCUGUUCUUCACUUGGAGGGUCAAUGCCAGUUGCCAAUCCUAUGAGAAAACUACAUGUAAAGCCCAUAACGCAACUUGUCAAAAGUUGGAUUGUUCAAAUAUUCAUGUUGUUAUGAUCACCAUGGUAGAGAACCCACAACCAAUGUAACUUGAAUUCUUUGUCCCUUUUUAACCACUGCAAUUAA